AUGGAGAUCAUCCAAAUAGCCAUUCGAGCCCUGCAGCUCCUCUGGAUCAUCAUCUUGACCGCCCUCCUCGGAAAUGUCAUCGCAACCAGCAACAAUGGCUCCUUCGUCUCCGCCGCAGCCGUGAACUUCUCCAUGUUUGUCACCGUCCUGGGCUGGCUCGUGACCCUCUACGGGCUCGCCGUGGCCUUUGUCGAGUCGCUCGCCAUCCCCAUUGUCGUCAUGGCCACCGACGCCUUGGUCGUGCUCUUCACCUUCAUUGACGCCGUCGUCCUGGCCGCGCUGCUGGGCGUGCCAAAGUGCGGGAAUGAGGACAAUGAGAAGAAGUGCCGCGAGCUGCAGGCCAGCACCGUCUUCAUGUGGUUCUUAUUCAUCACCUUCGCGGCCUCCAUGGCCCUUGCGCUGAUGGGCUACCGGAGGGGCGGCGGCUCGAUCCGGUCAGGCGGCCCUCACAUGGCGCAGGUUAAGGUCUAA